AUGGCUCCUGCUCUCGUUGAUACAUCUCCUCAACCUGCUGUCCACUACAGCAAAUCGGGCACCGGUGAAUACAAGGAGGCAUUCAUUGGCGGCCCCACAGCCUUCAGAGAGGAUGCCGAGCUCAAGGGCACUGGUAAACAGCCACCAGCCAGAUACCCACUCUACCUCCCAGUUUGGGACGCCGAAAAGAAAUAUCCUCCAUUGGAAGCUUUCGAGCAUUAUGAGCAUGGGAGAGAUGCGGAUCCUCGCUUCCCAAAUCUUCUCAAAGGUGCGGGCGUUACUGAUCUAACGGCGAACAUCGGAGUAGAGAUCACUGGCGUUCAGUUGAGCAAGCUCACCGAUUCCGGCAAGAAUGAGUUGGCGCUGUUCGUCGCGCAGAAGAAGGUCGUCGCCUUUCGAGACCAAGACUUUGCCGAUAUCCCGAUCAAAGACGCCCUCAAUUUUGGAGGGUACUUUGGCCGUCAUCACAUCCACCCGACUUCUGGCGCUCCGGCUGGAUACCCGGAGGUCCACCUCGUUCACCGUGGAGCGGAGGAUACGACCGCUCGUGAUUUCUUCGAGGAGCGCACGAAUUCAGUAACGUGGCACUCCGACGUGUCCUACGAGAAACAGCCACCGGGAACAACCUUUCUGUACUUGUUGGAUGGACCGGUUGCAGGAGGCGACACACUGUUUGCCAACCAGGCAGAGGCGUAUCGACGGCUUUCUCCAGAGUUCCGAAAGAGGCUCCAUGGACUGAAGGCGGUCCAUUCCGCUGUCGAGCAGGCUGAUAACAGCAAGAACCGGGGUGGUAUUGUCCGUCGCGAGCCGGUCAGUUCCGUCCACCCACUGGUGCGCACACAUCCUGCGACCGGUGAGAAGGCACUCUUCGUCAAUCCACAAUUCACCCGUCGCAUCAUUGGGUACAAGAAGGAGGAGAGCGACUUCCUGCUGAAGUUCCUCUAUGACCACAUCGCCAAGGGCCAGGAUUUCCAGGCUCGCGUGAAGUGGGCGCCUGGAACUGUUGUCGUUUGGGACAAUCGUGUUACUGCGCAUUCAGCGCUCUUGGAUUGGGAUGACGGACAGCGAAGGCAUUUGGCGAGGAUUACCCCACAGGCGGAGGCUCCUUAUGAGACCGCAUUCGAAGGCUAAGAGAGUGCCGACUGCAGAGGCGCAGAUCGUAUAAAUGAGUUGACAUAGCGUGCCGUUCUGAUGACUUCGAUGUACAUUGCGUUGUGGGUUUCUAGGUCCUCGACGAUGAGCAUGGUUG